AUGGACGUCGCACAUGUUUCUCCUGCCAAAAAAAACCCACAAGGAAAAUUUAUUGGUACUGGUCAAAAGAAAAUUAUCAUAAAUGUCUAUAAAGAUAAAGUCAAACAUCAGCUUGAAAAUCCGGAGAUGCGCCAAUUGUCCUACAGAGAAAUGAUCGUUGCAGUUUCAAAAACCACCGGUAUUGGGCAACGUACGGUACAAACCACAUUAGCAGAGUAUAAGAAAGAAGGCACAGUGUCAUCACCCAACAAAAAAAAAGUGAAACCUACAAUACUUGAAAAAGUGGACGAGUUUGAUAAAAAUGCCAUACGGCAAAAAAUUCAUGAUUUUUGGAGGAGACGUGAGGUGCCAACAGUACCAAAAAUGUUAAUUGCCAUUAAUGAAGACGAAACAUUACCAGACCUGAAACGUUCGUCUUUCCAGAAAAUAUUGAAAGAUUUGCAAUUUGAGUAUGUGAAAAAAAAUCGGAACAGUGCUCUUAUAGAAAGAGAAGAUCUAAUAUCUUGGCGCCGAAAAUAUUUGUUUAAAAUAAGGCAUUAUCGAGCACAGAACAGGCCUAUAUAUUAUUUGGACGAGACGUGGGUCAACGCAGGUGAGACGCAUAACAGAGCAUGGGUUGAUACCACCGUCACAUCACAAAGAGAUGCAUUCCUCAAAGGCCUCACCACAGGACAAAAGGAACCCUCCGGCAAAGGUAAGCGUCUCAUUGUAUUACACAUCGGUUCGUCAGACGGUUUUGUGCCGGGGGGCCUUUUGUGUUUUGAAUCCAAAACCAACUCUACGGACUACCACGAUGAGAUGAAUGGCGAUACGUUUUAUGAAUGGUUUGUUAAAACUCUGCCAUUACUCAAAGAAAACGCCAUAAUUGUGUUGGAUAAUGCCUCAUACCACUCCGUGAAGAAACAUAGGAUACCAGUAAAGUCGUGGAGAAAACAAGCAAUUAUUGAUUGGCUCGAAAGCAAAGGUGUGAUCGUUGAACAUCCUACUGUAAAAAACGAUUUAAUGGAAAAAGUCAACGAAAUAAAAAAUCAGUACGACCAAUACGUGAUUGAUGAGUACGCAAAAGAAAAUAAAAAAAUCAUAUUGAGAUUACCGCCAUACCACUGCGAGCUAAAUCCGAUCGAGCUCGCGUGGUCGUCUGUAAAAAGUUAUGUCAGAACGCAUAACAACACUUUCAAAUUAAAAGACGUGCUCGAGUUAUUAAAGAAAGGCGUGGAACACGUAACUCCGGAAAUGUGGAAAAAUUUUAUCGAACAUGUGAAAAAGGUGGAAGACAAGUUUUGGGACUUGGAAAACGCAACCGAUUCAGUGAUGGACGAACAACCCGAAGAAGAUCGUCAUGUUCUAACGAUAGGAACAGGUGAUACCAGUUCUUCUGAUUCUGAUUCUGAUUAA